AUGCAACAGCACCCGAGCCAACAGCCCAAGAUACAGCAACAGAAAGCACUGCCCCAGGCAAAAGCCCCAUUCUCGAAUUCGGUUGCUGAGAUUACAUUAACCUGGCAGCUGGGACAGAACAGCAUCGAUUUGGCUGCUGGCUUACAUACUGUGGUCCCUGAACUAGGUAUCCCGGUGGAGGUGCUGUACCAGCAUGUUGAUAGCUAA